AAGUUAUUCUUUAAGUGAUAUGGCGUCUAACGUUCACAGAAACAGCAGAGUCCGUUUGUUUUCUUGAUAAAUUGUGUCUGAGCUCCAACAUCAGUGAUCCACCAGAGUCUCUGUGUGUCCGGAUAAACCUGUCGGCUUUUUCUCCUGAAUGUUUUUACUCAUCUCCCGGUUGCUAAGAAACAUAUUCAGGUUAGCUUAGCAUGCUAGCUGGUUAGCACCGCGGCGCUAGUCAGAGUGACUGUUUGAUGGAGAGCAAAGAGUUUGUGUGGAGAAAAAGUUGGUGUCACUGUGUGAAAAAUGUCUAAAGUCCAAACGGUGAGAGCGCUGGUGGAGCAGCGACUGACUGCGGCUGCUGAAGAGAUAUUUGGGCUGUUUGAAAGAACGAUAGCAGAGUACGAGGAGGAACUUUGUCGUUCAAAAGAGAAGAACGAGCGACAACAGAAACUACUGGACGCUGUUUUCAACCCUCAGCUUCAGCUACACAAAGAAGACGUCCAGCAGCUGUCGGUGAGUAAAGAAGAGGUUCUCCCUGAAGAACAGGAGAGGAGCUCCAGUCUGGACCAGGAGGAACCAGAGCCAACACACAUUAAAGAGGAACAGGAGGAACUCUGGACCAGUCAGCAGGGAGAGCUUCAAGGACUGAAGGAGGCUGAUCUGGAGUUCCCGUUCACUUCUGUCCUUGUAAAGAGUGAAGAUGAAGAAGAAGAGGAGGCUCAGUCCUCACAGCUUCAUGACAGACAAACUGAGGAGGACAGAGAGGCAGAGCAUUUGGAAACCGACUCUGAUGGAGAGGACUGUGGAGGAUCAGAACCAAGCACAAACUCUGAUCCAGGUAGUCCUCUACAGCCAGAUACUGAUGACCAGACUUCAGACUUCUCUGAUCCUGAGACUGAUGACAGUGGAGACUGGGAGGACACGAAAGAACCUCAGUCAGGUUUAAACUGUUCAGAAAACAAUGAAGUACCUGAUAUAGAAUGUAAAACAUCAGUUGGCGCCUCUGAAUGUGCUGAAAGCUUUGACCACAAGAAUCACCUGCAGCAAAACAACGCACUCCAAACAGAGGAGAAACCGUUCAGUUGCUCCGUCUGCGGGGAAACAUUUUCAGUAAUCUCAAGUUUGACGCUUCACUUAAAGGAACACUCUGAUGGGAAACGUUUCACCUGCUCAGUUUGUAAGCUAAGUUUCGAUACCAGCAGCAAUUUGGUUCGACACGUGAGAAUCCACACGGGAGAGAAACCGUUCAGCUGUUCAGUUUGUGGUCAAAGAUUCACACUCAAGCAACAUCUGAAGUAUCACUUUGUGGUCCACGGAGGCGAGAAACCGUUCAAUUGUUCAGUUUGUGGUAAAAGUUUUUACCGAAAGGACUCCUUAGUGACUCAUAUGAGACUUCAUUCAGUUGGGAAAUAUUUCAGCUGCUCGGUUUGUAAAACGAGCUUCGGCAGCAGCAACAGUUUGCUCAGACACAUGAGAAUCCACACCGGGGAGAAACCGUUUAGCUGUUCAGUUUGUGGUAAAGGUUUCGCUCAAAACGGAGACCUGAGACGACACGUAGCCGUCCACACGGGGGAGAAACCGUAUAGUUGUUCAGUUUGCGGUAAGAGCUUCGUACUACAUAGUAAUCUGAGGCAACACUUGACUGUCCACACGGGGGAGAAACCGUUUACUUGCAGCGUUUGCAAUAAAAGAUUCACUCGGCUGCAUAACGUCAAAAAACACAAGUGUGUUGGUGAGAGCAGCACGAGUAAAUAAAGCUGCAGGAACGCUUGUUGGGCUGCCACGAUAGAACCACAUCAUUCUUUUUCUCUCUCUUAUUUUGUGUCUUUGUACUUCUUUUGAUUUUCGGAGCACUUUGCUAUAGCAUGUACGCAUUAAUUUAACUCAACAGUAUUAUGGUAUACCAGGGUACUAACAAAUCUUGAACUGACAGUAUUGAACUUGUAAAAAAUACAGACGCUGCUCUUUAAGUCUAUGUAUUAAACUGAUGAUCAUGCUCUUUUUUUCUUUAUAUGUAAUGCACACGAGUCGCCACCAGAGGGCGCUCUUAAAGCUGUUCAGUUGAGAAACGGCCCAGCACCUUAACCUCUAAAUUUUGUCAACUUCAAGUCUAGUUUUGAGUUUUUCUCGCUAGACGAGCUUACGAUUCCUGAGAUAUUUCUUUCAAAAUCAUAUGAAUAAAUGCUUAUUAUGGCCUAUUAAUAUUGUUGAUAGGCUAAUUUAGACUGAGUAGGCUGUUUUAUCUUCAUUGUAAGGCUCAAAAUAAGGUUCACGGCUCCAUUACGACAUUUUUUUAAAUCUUUUUUUGGCCAACAAUGGCUCUUUUCUUUGUAAAGGUUGCAGACCCCUGUUCUAGUCAAACUGUGAUGAUGGGACCGUUUCUAAAUCACCUUAACCUUGUUUUAUUGCAUUAUAUGUCCUGUAAAAAAGUUUUCAUAUCAAGCAGCAUGUACUCCUAUACCGACAGUAUUACACUCAGGAUAUUUUUAUUUAUUCUGAUUUUGCCAUAAAUGAUACUGUAACCGCUAAAGUUAUAAUUAUUAAUAAUAAAUGAUAAUUAUUGACUGAAUUAAAUUUGACCAUGCAAGAUUCAAUGAAGUCUGGAAGCU